UCCUGGUGCAAGGAGGGUGGGGAGCUGUCACUGUGCAGGGGGAACACCAUGGGGACAACACAAGGGACGUGGUUGGGUCAUCAUGGGGUGUUGUAGGGGGAUGUAGCAUGGGGAUGAGGAGGGGACGUGGCACAGUGAUGUAGCAUGGGGAUGCAGUGGGCAUGCGGCAUGGGGACAUGGUGGGGGACGUGGCAUGGAGACAUGGCAUGGAGACAUGGUGGGGAAAUGGCAUGGGGACAGGUUGGGGACGUGACGUGGAGACGUGGCAUAGGAGCAUGGGGACACGGCAGGGAGAUGUGAUAUGGGGACGUGGUGGGAACAUGGCAUGGGGACAUGGUGGGGAUGUGACAUGGGGACAUGGCACAGGAACAUGGUGGGGACGUGGCACGGAGGUGUGACAUGGGGAUAUGGCACGGAGGCGCACACUGGUGCCAGCCCGCAGCCCCUUGCCCCAGCGGGGUUGAGGUCACGGUGGCCACCCCCUUCCAUCCCCCCUGGCCGUCCCUGCCCAGCGCCAACGAGCGUUUCGGUGGCUCCAUGGAGACCAACGUGGUGCUGCGCUCUGACGGACGCAUCAUGUGGGACGCUCCCGCCAUCACUAAGAGCUCCUGCAAGGUGGACGUCUCCUACUUCCCCUUCGAUGGGCAGCAGUGCCACCUCACCUUUGGCUCCUGGACCUACAAUGGGAACCAGAUUGACCUCCACAACCGCCUGGACACGGGCGACCUGACCGACUUUGUGGAGAACGUGGAGUGGGAGGUGCUGGGCAUGCCGGCCACGCGCAACGUGGUCACCUACGGCUGCUGCUCGGAGCCCUACCCCGAUGUCACCUACACGCUGCUGCUCCGCCGCCGCGCCUCCUUCUACAUCUUCAACCUGCUGCUGCCCUGCGUCAUGAUCUCCUUCCUGGCACCACUGGGGUUCUACCUACCCGCCGACUCUGGGGAGAAGGUGUCUCUGGGGGUGACGGUGCUGCUGGCUCUCACCGUGUUCCAGCUGCUGGUGGCGGAGAGCAUGCCGCCCUCAGAGAGCGUGCCGCUCAUCGGGAAGUACUACAUCGCCACCAUGACCAUGAUCACCGCCUCCACCGCUCUGACCAUCUUCAUCAUGAACAUCCACCACUGUGGGCCGGGCGCCCGCCCGGUGCCCCCCUGGGCACGCCGCCUCAUCCUGCACCACCUGGCGCGCGCCCUCUGCGUCUGCGAGGUGGGCGAGAGCUGCGGCCGCCCCCAGAGAGAGGGGACGGGGGGGACGGGGCCGAGGGAUCCCCCCGGAGAGGGCGCGGAGCCGGGGCUGUGCCCCCACAGCCGCUGCCUCUGCCACCACCACGCGGUGCUCAGCAGUGUGGGGUACAUCGCCGGUGUCUUCCGACGGCACCGCACCUCCCAGCGCCACGCCGCCGAGUGGAAGAAGCUGGCCAAGGUGAUGGACCGCUUCUUCAUGUGGGUCUUCUUCCUCAUGGUCUUCCUCAUGAGCGUGCUGGUGAUCGGCAAUGCUGCCUGACGCCCACCCCACGCCCGGUGCCCCCAGCCAGCCCAUCCCCACGGUGCCCAUGGAGCUCA